AUGGCCUCUCGGCUUCUAUGUUCCAAAAAUCUCACUUUUCCAUUUCGCACGCCCAGAGUGAGCUCUUUCGAACGCUCAAAUCAUCCGCCUCCAGCUUUCUUCUCCACACACAUUAUCGGGGACACCCCAAUUCUCGUUCGGGAUUUUAUACGGUGGGCAUUGUAUGAUGCGAAGCAUGGCUAUUUCUUUCAAAGAUCAGAGUCCGUUGGAGUGCUUGACAAAAGCAUCAAGUUCAAUCAGCUCCAAGG